AUGGCCGCCAUCAUCGACGCUGACGAUGUGAUGGAGCCCACCCUCCAGUCCAUCCUCGACCAGAAGUCGCUGCGCUGGAUCUUCGUCGGUGGUAAGGGUGGUGUCGGAAAGACGACCACCUCGUGCUCUCUCGCCAUCCAACUCGCCAAGGCUCGCAAGUCGGUCCUCCUCAUCUCGACCGACCCGGCGCACAACCUGUCCGAUGCCUUCAACCAGAAGUUCGGCAAGGAGGCCCGCCUCAUUGACGGCUUCACCAACCUCAGCGCCAUGGAGAUCGACCCCAACGGCAGCAUGCAGGACCUGCUCGCGGGCCAGAACGAGGAGGUGGAUGCCAUGAGCGGUGGUCUUGGCGGCAUGAUGCAGGACCUCGCCUUUGCUAUCCCCGGUAUCGAUGAAGCCAUGUCUUUCGCCGAGGUCCUCAAGCAAGUAAAGUCCAUGUCCUACGAGACGAUCAUCUUCGACACCGCCCCGACGGGCCACACGCUUCGCUUCCUCUCCUUCCCCAGCGUCCUCGAGAAGGCCCUGGCCAAGGUCUCCCAGCUGAGUUCGCAAUACGGGCCCCUCCUCAAUGGCUUUCUGGGCUCGGGCGGCCAGCUCCCCAACGGCCAGAACCUCAACGAGAUGAUGGAGAAGCUCGAGACGCUGCGCGAGACCAUCUCCGAGGUCAACAGCCAGUUCAAGGACGAGAACCUGACGACCUUUGUCUGCGUCUGCAUCCCCGAGUUCCUGUCGCUCUACGAGACGGAGCGCAUGAUCCAAGAGCUCGCCAACUACGGCAUUGACACCCACAGCAUCGUCGUCAACCAACUGCUCUUCCCCAAGAAGGGUAGCAACUGCGACCAGUGCAACGCCCGCCGCAAGAUGCAGAAGAAGUACCUCGAGCAGAUUGAGGAGCUGUACGACGAGUUCAACGUCGUCAAGAUGCCGCUGCUGGUCGAGGAGGUCCGUGGCAAGGAGAAGCUGGAGAAGUUCAGCGAGAUGCUUACGACGCCUUACGCCCCUCCCGAGAUGGACGCAUGA